AUGGAGGCGGGUGCCGGAAGCGGGUCGCCCCCGGACGGGAGCCGUCUGGGGCCGUGCUGCGCGCGGCGCCGCGACUUUGAGGUCAACGGAGACUUUCGGGUUUUGCUCGUGGAGGAGGACGAAUGCACGAAGCGCGUCGUGGAGAGAAUGCUGCGCCAGUGCAAGUACAAAGUGGUGAGCGCAUCUGGCGGAAAGGAGGCCCUCCGACAGCUGCGGAACGGCGAAGAAAUAGAUCUCGUGUUGGCGGACGCCUCCAUGCCUGAGGUGGAGUCUGGCGAGAUGCUGCGAGAAGUACUGCGACUGGACGCGCGCAACCGCGUCCCAGUCAUAGUGAUGUCGGUGGAGGACAAGCAAGAGGCGAUCGUCGAGGCGCUGCAGGCGGGCGCGUCGGACUACCUGAUCAAGCCGGUUCGCCGCAACGAGCUGGCGACGUUGUGGCAGCACAUCUGGCGCUCCAAGCAGGUGUGGAACAGGCGCUCGAGGGCGUCACCCCGCGCCGCUGCCGGCGAUGCCAAGGCGAGAAGGAAAGCGGACGUCCCAGAGAAGGGCAAGAAGCGCGCACCAGCGCAGCGCAAUGCGACGCCCGGUCGCGUGGCUGCUCGGUGCACGGCCAAUGGCUUUGCAGGUGGGAGGUGCAGGAUGGGCACCAAUGGGCACUUAGCGCGGCAGCACACUUCGGCUGCAGUCGGUGCAGCACGAGGCUGCCGGCCUGAGUCGACGCAGCUGGGCGCCACAGCGGCGCUCCGAGCGUUGGCCUCACAGAACGGCUACUCCGACGGGUCCAUGUCCAACCUGACGCGCUACACGCGGGAGAGGUACAGCUCCGACUCCCAACCGCAGCAGCAGUCGAUGUUGACAAACAGCUCGUCAUGCGGCCUUCAGGACGGGAGAUCCAGCGCCUUGCUGUGGCUCUCUGAGGCCCUGUCCAGGCCCCACCCAGAACAGAGGCUGCCUCCACAAGGGACUCGCUAUUCUUCGUGCGGGACGAGCUUCCUGCCUCCCGCUCUGCAGGAGAUCGUGGCCAUUGGAGACCUGCAGGAGCGGCUGCAUUCCAGUGCCAGUGGGAGCUCGCCGGCCUUCAACAGCCCCCUGCAGUACUCGAGGGACCAUUCAGCAUUCACCACAGUCAGUCCCAGGGCAGGGAGUGCGACGUAUGACCUGCCCAACAGCGGCCUAGAGGGCCAUGUAGGCCUGUCAGCACAUGGACCAGAAUGGGAGGAUGGUGCCAGGCAGUAUGUGAACGUUCCUUGCGAGUUCUUGCAUCCAGGCACUUCCCACCUGCAGGCUCCUGGGAGUCCUCAUGCUAGGAUAGCCACUGGUGAUGCGUCCAGAGGGGAGAUGGCAAGGAACUUGGCACAUAGCGUAACCUGUCUGCCUGCACAGGUGAAUGGGAACUGUGGGGGCACGAAGAAGGCCAACGACGCACAGAGAGGCCUUCUUUAUGAUCGAGAAGGAGGCAUCCACAACCUUGAAGGCAUCCAAGCCAGUGUUGCAGACAGUUCAAUGUUGAGUGCGUUGCUUGGUAUGCAGCAGAAUCUGGCUCUGCAUCAAGGAAAAACGAUGGGUCGCCACCAUCCACCAAACAGCAACAACAGCGCAGAGGCCAGGCGGCUUGCAGCUGUGGCAAAGUUCAGGGAAAAGCGGAAACACAGAAGCUUUGCCAAAAAGGUUCGAUAUGAAAGCCGCAAAAAACUGGCUGAGCAGCGUCCCAGAGUGCGGGGCCAAUUUGUAAAGACGGAACUAAGUGGAGCCGUAGACGGGAAACAAGUUGAUUGA